AAAUGCGUCGAAAGCAGCGCAGUGGAGAAAUGGAUCGAAAGCAGCGCAGUGGAGAAAUGGGUCGGAAGCAGCGCAGUGGAGAAAUGGGUCGGAAGCAGCGCAGGGGAGAAUUUCUCGGGAAGUAGCACACCCCCGAAAGGCGCAAGCCACGCCCCAAGCACGAACGCCCCGGGGCAGUCCGAACUAGUUAGACAGAUAAGAAAGUCCUGCAGAAAAGAUGAUCUGUGCAGCAUAUACAAAUUCUGUGACCAAUUUGUGCACCUUCUGAAAUUGAAGCAAAUUAACAAUGACGAUUUUUCCAUAGUAAUUCACCUGUUGAGUAAAAAAAAAAUGCACGACAACAGCUUUUGGAGACGUAUAGCCAGCACAGAUAAUGUAAAUUUCAUUUUCAACAUGAACUUGAAGCAGAUAAUUCUCACCUUCUACAGUAUUGCCAAUUCGUACAAAUAUACCAGCUUGACCUUUUUAAACGAAUUUACUCAGAAGUUCAUAUUUGUCUUAAAAUGCCAGAAAAAAUUCCUUUCUCUUUCUCGAAGAAGAAAGGCGAUGCAGCAAAGAGCAAGUGACCCCCUCGCACAAGAAAAUUACCACUCGUACGAUGAAUCGAGGCACACAAUUUUUCAGCCGGUCACCAAUUUGAUAUACCACAAAGGGGGAACUAAAAUUCAAGCCGACGAUUACGCGAAUGAAUUCACAUCUUUGAACAAACAAAAGGAAAAACCCACAUGGAAUACGCUAAUUUGCAAAAACGAUGAUCAAAAUAUUGGCCCCCUUUUUAGGAACGGGAAAAAUCAUUUGAAUGGUUUAGACCUAACCCUAGUAUGCAACACAUAUUCUAAGCUGAACAACAUAGAGAACUUGCAAAAUGUAGAAGAAUUAAAACAAAUUAUGUACAAACUUUUUCUUUAUUUUUUAUUUUUCAACAAAAUAAAUUAUGACCAUCUAAUUCUCUUUAUGUAUAGCUACAAACGGGUGCGAGGAAGUAUACAUACAAAUGUGUUACGCAAAGUGAAAAAGGUGUUACUAAGUCCGCCAAAUGGGCUGCACCAGAAUUUUCUCCAACUGCGUGUUGUGCACACCCUGGAUGUAGGUUCAUUAAACAUGCUAAUGAAUGUACUACAAAGGGACAGUAUGAAGGACGAAACGAUCUGCAAAGAAAUGAUCCUCGCCGUGGUUAUAAAUUUAAAUUUGAAGAAUGAAAAAAGGACCAAAAUAAAGGGGUCUGUGUUAAGUGGGGAAAACAUCAACUGUGCCGAUCGCCUCGACCAUUUUGAAGACUCAUUGGUGAACACACCUCGAUGUGCCCUCUCGAAUAGCAGCAAUGACACGGACGAAGGUACUCACCACCUUGUAACAGCGUGCACACCGCUACAUGGCGACCAUUUCUGGAUGCUAAAAAGAAGACAAACCCUCCUUGAACAUUUUACAAACAAAGAUUACACAUACGUAGCGGAGAAGAAUCACCCGCCCGUUAAACUAAAAAAGAAAGACUUCUGCUUCCUUGUGUACAACAUAAACAAAUUAAAAAUAAAAAAUUAUUACAAUGUAUACGACUAUAUAAAGCACGAGUUGAGUGCUAGCCUGCCAGUUAUGAAUGUAUACAGCUGCUGCAUCAUGUUGGACUGCUUAAUAAAUUUAAAUAUACUUGAUCAAAAAUUAUUUAAAAAAAUACUGACCACUUUGAAAAUAUUAUUCGAUAAAAAUCACUAUAACGAGAAGGACGUUACGGAUAUUUUCGCAUCCCUAUGCAGAUAUGACCAAAAAAAUUCGGCGCAUCAUAUCGAAAUAUUGAACUUCCUACAAUCGUUAUAUUUAAAAGUACAAAUCAAAUUACAAAAAUAUAAUUACAUAAAUUUAAUUUCGAUUUUCUAUUCCGCCUCUUACUUUAACAUAAUUUUUACCAACAAUGUGCUGCAAGAUUUGUGUAUAGACGUGCUUAACAAUUUUCAGUCAAUGGAUAUGAAAUUACUUCUCCCCUUUCUAUACUUUUUAAAAAGUCAAAAUUAUGAAAUUAAUAUAUUUUUUUUUAACAGCAUCAUGGAGAAAGUCCUUUCCAAAAUAAAAGAUGCGCACACGUUUUUUUACUCUUUUUAUAUUUUGUCAAAUUUUACUUCCAAGACUCUACAAAAAGAGAUUCCCAUUUUGACCAAACUGGCUUACUUACUGCGGCGUAAUGAAAAUAUUCUAAAUGUAGAGGAAAAACUCGCCAUCGCAUUACACACAGUUGUAACUCCUGUGUUGAUGUUAAAUGAGACCUUCUUCCUCUUCUGCGAAAGAACGUUUGUGGAUAUUUUGUGUGCAGCACCUGAGGAGGGGCAUACACGACUAAACAAAAGCAACCAAUUUGAUACAACACCGAAGGUAACCUCCCCCAAAUGGAACAACAGCUUUGCCCCAUAUUUCAUCAACAGUGAUAAUCAUAAUAAUUUUUGUUUCAACACAAAUUUCGGGAGUGCCGAAUUGGAAGUUUUUCUUUUUUUGCUACUGUCAGAUAUGUAUGAGAACAAACGCUUGCUUUUUAAAAAGGGGGACUGCUUAACAACGCAGGAUGAAAAAAACAAACUCGCCAAACUCCAGGGAAAACAGAUACACACACGUAAAUUGGACGUACUGUUCAACUUUAUAUACAUCAAAUUACAGAAUGAUGGCCUCAGUUACUUCGUAAAAAAUAACAUCCAUUCGUUCGAUCGGCAAUUUUGCGCCAAACGGUUGGAUACUCAAAGAGUACACAAGUACACCACGAUUUUUAACUCAAGCAAAUAUUCAAAUGAAGCGGGAAAAAAUAAUGGGAGGACGAUCCAAAUUUUCAACGAGAUGAGGGAACACUUCCCCGACUUGGAAGAAACUCUUUUUAAUGUAAUCAAAAUAUGUUAUGAAGAUUUUUUUAUUUACAAAUUUUUCGCAAAAAAAAAGGACGAACAUUUUGUUAAUUAUUGGAGCCAAAACGAACGCUGCAGUUACGCCGAUUCGUUUUUCCUCCACAGGAAUGAUAGCAUAAUUAUAAAAUUGAAAAAAAAUAUGUUCAUUAAUUCGCUGCACAUUCCGUAUGUGUUAAAGCCGUUUCUGUAA